UGGUCAAAGAAGAACUGAUGGUCAGUCCCGUCAAAGACAUUUACACCUGAUCCUCUGCAACUCAUAUUCAGUUGCAUAAGUAAGCGCAUACAGGUCUUUAACCUGUUUCUUUCCCUCUUUUAUUCUAGACAUUUGGGCGUAGUAGAAGAUGUCCUGUCUGAGAGCUGUGAGAGGUCUGGCACUCGCCGGUGGCUUUCAGUCUCUCGCUGUUUUAUCUCGCCGUGUCAGUUUCUCUCCGCGCCAAGUCGCAUCGGAUGCCAGUUUUCACUCGGUGUCCUUCUCUGAAUCUGAUCAUCCCAGAGUUCUCAUUACCGGAGGUCUGGGUCAGCUGGGAGUAGGGCUCACCAAACUGCUCAGGAAGCAGUUUGGAAAAUAUAAUGUAAUUCUGUCUGAUAUCAGGAAACCUCCAGCUCAUGUUUACCAAAGUGGUCCCUUUAUAUAUUCGGACAUUUUGGACUACAAGAACUUGCGUGAGAUUGUUGUAAACAACCGCAUCUCCUGGUUGAUACACUACAGCGCCCUACUGAGUGCAGACGGAGAGGCCAAAGUGUCCCUCGCUCGUGACGUCAACAUCACUGGGUUGCACAAUGUUCUUGAUGUCGCAGUAGAACAUGGGCUCCGUCUCUUCAUCCCCAGCUCUAUUGGAGCCUUUGGCCCCAUGUCCCCUCGUAACCCAACCCCGGAUCUGUGCAUCCAGCGCCCACAAACCAUUUACGGAGUGUCCAAGGUUCACGCAGAGUUAAUGGGAGAGUAUUACCAUCACAGGUAUGGUCUUGACUUCCGCUGUCUCAGAUACCCUGGAAUCAUUUCUGCAGACUGUCAACCCGGCGGAGGAACUACAGACUAUGCUGUUCAGAUCUUCCAUGAUGCUGUGAAAACGGGUAGCUGUGUGUGCAAUCUGAGGCCGGACACCAGACUCCCCAUGAUGUUCAUCGAUGAUUGUCUGAGAGCCACGCUGGAGGUUCUGGAAGCUCCUGCUGAGGCGCUGUCCAAGCGAACAUACAACAUCAGCGCCGUGAGCUUCACUCCAGAGGAGCUGGUACAAGAAAUCAGGAGGCACCUGCCAGAUCUGCAGGUCACCUACGAGACUGACCCAGUUCGACAAGCCAUUGCUGACAGCUGGCCAAUGGUCUUUGACGACAGCAAUGCCCGCAGUGACUGGGGCUGGAAACACAACUACAGUUUGCCAGAGCUGGUUCAGACGAUGCUCAACUUAACUGGCUCAAACUCCAGAAUGCGUCAAGCCAACUGACUUCAUCUGUCAUCAUGUGUCUGAGUUUAUCUGAGGUGUUUGGGACCUAAUGGAACGGAUGGUAAUUGGGCUCUGCAGUAUACUAUGUAACACACUGAGUUUAUGAAGGUAAAAAAAAAUUUCUUUAUUUUACCAUAUGUAGCACAUAUUUGCACACUUUUCCUGGUGAAGUAAACCAAACAUUUACAGGGUUCAUUUAUAUCCUUAUUCUCUUCAAUCAUCUUAAUGACCUCCCUUAUUAUAUAUUAUAUAUUAUUUAAGCCUAAAUUUGUUUGGUGGAAUCUUUGUUCUGUAGCUAUCAGUUUAAAAUAAAAAAAAAUAAUAAUAAUAAAAAAAUAAUUUAGUUUUUUUAUCAGUGAAUUUAGUAAAUUCUGAGCUAUGGGUUAUUUUUUCUGCUAGAAUAAUUUACACUACUGUUCAAACGUCUGGGGUGAGAAAGAUUUUUUUAAUCUUGAAAAAAAAAAUUUUUAUCGUGAGAGUGAAGACUGGUGUAAUGAUGCUGAAAAUUUAGCUUUACCAUCAAUAAAAAUACAUUUUAUAUUACAGAAGAAAAUACUUAUUUUAAAUUGAAAUAAUAUUUGGUCUCACUUAAGGUCCAGUUCUAUGCAUUAACAAACAAUUAACUAUGACUUUUGCCUCAAUAAACUCCUAAUUUGCUGUUUAUUAAUAGUUAAUAAGGCCGAAUAUGUGUUUUAUACAUACUAAUAAACAGUCAAUAUGUUAAUAUUAGGCAUGUUAAUAAGCAACUAGUUAAUGGUGAGAUUUGGUAGCUAUACUAAAGUGUUACCUAAUAUUUCACAUUAUUACCGUUUUUAAUAUAUUUUUAACAAAUAAUUUCAGACAGAUUUCAAAAGUAUAAAAAUCUUACAGACUCUUGAAUGGUAGUGGUGUUUAAAGAUUUUAUGGAAGAAAUGCAAUAUCCUAUAUAAAACAACAAUCUUUAAUAUGGUGCUAUUGCUGAAAGGUGUUAGUUUCAUUCUCGUUUUCGUUAAUAGCCUCUUUUGGUUUUAUUAAAAUAAUCGAAUAACCUCAUCAUGGUGCUUACAGUGUAUCUGGAUUAGAUUUGUGUUUGUACUUGAGAGGACAUUUGAUGUAAUUAUAAAGACUUGACCUAUGUAACUCCACAAUAUAUAUUUCUGUAUCUUUGAUUUUUGGUUAGUUGUUAAUGUUAUGCCAGCAAAAGAUUAUUGAAUAAAUUUUUAACAAUCA